AUGCUUUAUUUGAACAAAUUGUGUUUAUUUUACUUGUUGUAUUUUAAUGAAUUUCUAAGUUUAGUUUUAGCAUUCACACCUACAAAUACAGUUUGGGGGCAUAAUACUGCUCUUGCUGAUUCUAAAAUAUACUUUACAGGUGGAGUGAUUCCAAAACAAACAAUUUGGAAGACUGUCAACGAUUUCUUUAAUACACCAAAUGAACUUGCCACACAAUCUAAAGAAUUCUAUUAUUUAGAUGUAUCAAAAAAUUUUAAAUUAAACGAGUGUGUAAUGCCUUGGACGGAUCUUAGUAUUGUAUCAGAAAUUCUUCCACCACAUUCCUGGAGUGCAUUUUCAUUUUGUGGACCUGAUACUUUAGUAAUGUUUGGUGGAGAUUUUGGUAAAGCAAAUCCCAUAAAUUUAGUUUUUAUUUAUAAUAUAAAAACGCAGAAAUGGAGCAAUCCAACAACUUUCAAUCAACCUAAUAAUGUACAUACUCGUGCUGCUUGCGACACGAAGGGUGGAGUAAUGUAUAUGUUUUCUUCAGUUAUGAAUAUUUUGGAUACAAAAACAUUAAAAUGGAAAGUUGGUAGUUCAAUUAAUAUCCCACCGGGAAGAUUUGAUUAUACUGCUACUUUAUUACCAAAUGGUAAUAUUGUUUAUAUAGGAGGCGUUUCAGGUGAAGUGGUAGAUUUGUUAAAGUUACCUUUGUAUAAUAUAAAUGAUGAUACAUGGUCUUCAAUGUGGGUUAAUGAAUUUAAUAUUAAUCCUGUUAGUACAGCACCAACUAAUCCCCGAGAUACUUCAAUUGAGACUACAAAUACUGAUACUGGGACAGAUCAUAAUAAUACAACAAAUGUUGGCCUAAUAAUAGCAACUGUAAUUUCAACAACUUUACUUAUUUUAGGAAUAAGUUUAUUAAUUUUUUAUUAUAAAAAAAAACAAAAACAAAAUCGUAAUACUUUAUUUAUACCCGCAAAAAUCGACUUUAAUACUCCUAAACUUACAAUUUAUGGCAUGACUGUUCCGAUGGUAAAUUCAGUAAAUAUCUAUAGAGUUAUUCUGGAUCAGACUAAUUUCAAUGCAUUUUCUUCCAGCGAAACCUAUCAUCUGAUUCCUGGCUAUGACCGGUGA